CGCGUGCGCCGCGUACGUACCCGGUUGGUGGAGCUGCUCGUGCGCUGCUGCGUUCCUCGGUGUGGCCCCCGGGAUACGACUUGCGGGAAUUGCCACUUUGUUCAACUGACUGAGGUAACCAUUGAAUUCCAUCAAACGCAGAAAGUGGAGCAUUAAGACUAUCUUGUUUUUGGAUGAUCAGCAAACGACCACCAACCAGAUAGGCAAUGGGGAAGAACAAAGGGAAAGGGCAGAAGAUCAAGAAUGUCUUUCAUAUUGCCAGCAAGAAUUUGAAAGCCAAAAAUAAAGCAAAACCAGUCACCACAAAUCUUAAGAAGAUAAACAUUGUGAAUGAAAAAGCUAGAACUGUAAAUGCAGCAUUCAUAGAUAUCCAAAAAGAGCUUGCACACUUCUCAAAAAGGCUGUCACUUGAACCAUUGCCAAAGCACCUGAUUUCUCAGUGCUCUGAAGGUGAAACAAUUAGUGUGGAUGAUGCUACAAGAUUAAUGGCUCAGUUGUAAUAUGUAUUGAAGCAUUUGGAUUCUAAAAAAUGGACAACAAAACUGGCGUUUGUACAAUUUUAUUUUUAAAAAAUUCUUGUUAAUGUA